AAAAAAAACUUGACAUUUUCUGAUUUGAUUCACAAUUUUUGUUUGCAGUGAAUUUUUACAACAAUCUCUGUGUUUUACUAAACAAAUGUAGGAAUCCGUAGUCCCGGAGACUUUAAAUUACGGUAGUACCUCGAUUAAGACGUCAGGGUGUGCAAAAUUUCAUCAUGACAGAAACACGAAAAUUACAACUUCACCUUGGAAAAUGUAUAGAAGAUUUGGACAAAUUACACAAUGUACCAGAUUUGAAGUCAAAAAGAGCUAAUUUGUUAUGCAAAACAGCUCUAAAAUUAUUUGAAAGUGCUGAAGAGUCCCGUGAGAAGGGAGAUGAGGAGUACUCUUAUGUUUACUACAUGAAAUACCUCCGGGUGAUAGCUUACAUCAGCAAGGACAAGGACUAUCUGAAGGAUAAGACUUAUUACAACAACAUGUUGGGCCCUAAGAACCCGAACAAGGCUAUUGAUCAGGCUGAAAAACUUAAGAACAGCCUCAUAGACAGGUAUCAGCAGGAACAGAAAGAGAAGCGGCUGAAUGAUAUUAAAGAGAAUGAGCUUAUAAAACAGAAUAUAGAUGAGAAUAGGAAGAAAAUGGCCGAGGCUGCUCCCGUCAUAGAACCACCACAGCCACUCGGACUACCAGGUCCAGAUGAGGUGACCAUUAAGAGUGAGAUGUUGUACUCUAUCCUCAAGAAUGGAAGGAUUAAGGUUAUGAUCCUGGAUGCGAGACCGGGGAAGGAUUACAUUGAGUCACAUAUUAACUACCCUGCCUGCAUCAGUGUGCCCGAAGAGUGCAUUUCUCCUGGGCAAUCUGCAAACGUACUGGAGCAGAACCUGCCGCUUGCGUCGCGGCCGGUGUGGGCGGAGCGCGCCAACAUGGAGCUCAUCGUCAUGCUCGACUGGAACAGCACCGCCGUCAUACCCGGGAAGACGCUGCACUUGCUCAAGACUACGCUCCUCAAGUGGGACGUGAAGGUCCAGUACAGCCGGCCCCCGCUGGCGCUGCUGUCGGGGUACGAGGACUGGCUCCUGAAGUACCCCGCCUGCACCACCAACCCACAGGCCGUGCCGCCCAGGCAGGAUGACUUCAUGGACGAUAUGUUAGGUGAAAUCGAGUACCCGAACUGGUCGGACCUGAGUCCGUCAGCCGCGGCGGCCCCGGCGGCGCCACGCAAACCUGGAGAACCUGUCGUAGACAGGAGUAGUAAGGCGGCAGCAGUACAGAUGUACUCGGAGCGCGCCCGCAACAUGGCGCAGAUCCUGGAACAACAGGAACGUAUCGCGGACACAUCACUCACGCUCGAGAUGCAGAGGAUCGAGGCUGAACAGGACUGGGAGAAAGUCCGCGAGCAGCGCGAGGCGGAGAUGCAGGACGAGCUGCGCGCCAUGUACAAGCUCAGGGAACAAGAGAUCAUCUCACAGCUCAUGCAGCUGGAGAACAAGCAGUACGAUAUGGAACAAGAGAACCAGAGUCUUCGUGAGCAGUUGGAGGAGUACCAGCGUAAGGAACGCGAGGAGGCUGAGAAGAUGGCGGAGACCAUCAGCGCGACCUCUGAGGAUACUGAGGCUGCUGAUGCUGAAGCGUCCCGCGCGGUGGCGGCGGCGGCGCGCGAGCUGGCGGCGGCGCGCGCGCGCAUCGCGGCCGUGACGCUGCAGCGCCGCCAGCUCGACCGCACGCGCGAGGCACUCGAGCACGAGCGCAAGCGCAAGCUGCAGCACGCGCGGCACAACAAGCCCGACGCGCACAAGCCCAGCCACGUACGUACCGUACUCCACUACACACCACACAACAAGCCCGACGCGCACAAGCCCAGCCACGUACGUACCGUACUCCACUACACACCACACAACAAGCCCGACGCGCACAAGCCCAGCCACGUACGUACCGUACUCCACUACACACCACACAACAAGCCCGACGCGCACAAGCCCAGCCACGUACGUACCGUACUCCACUACACACCACACAACAAGCCCGACGCGCACAAGCCCAGCCACGUACGUACCGUACUCCACUACACACCACACAACAAGCCCGACGCGCACAAGCCCAGCCACGUACGUACCGUACUCCACUACACACCACACAACAAGCCCGACGCGCACAAGCCCAGCCACGUACGUACCGUACUCCACUACACACCACACAACAAGCCCGACGCGCACAAGCCCAGCCACGUACGUACCGUACUCCACUACACACCACACAACAAGCCCGACGCGCACAAGCCCAGCCACGUACGUACCGUACUCCACUACACACCACACAACAAGCCCGACGCGCACAAGCCCAGCCACGUACGUACCGUACUCCACUACACACCACACAACAAGCCCGACGCGCACAAGCCCAGCCACGUACGUACCGUACUCCACUACACACCACACAACAAGCCCGACGCGCACAAGCCCAGCCACGUACGUACCGUACUCCACUACACACCACACAACAAGCCCGACGCGCACAAGCCCAGCCACGAUGAAGAUGGUGAUUCGUACAUGAUGUCGCCGGAUAGUCCGGGAGCCGCCGGGCUAAAUAGAUCGCACUCCUCGCCUAAUAUCGCUAAGGUAUCCUCAGAUGAAGAAGAGCCUUGCGUACCAGCGUUUGACAGGAGCACGAAGCCGACGAAGGUGGCGCCCUCUAGCGACCUGCACCAGAGGGACUUCCAGCCUGUUUGGGGAGAUGUGGGUCGAGGACUGACAGGGCUGAAGAACUUGGGCAACACGUGCUACAUGAACUCCAUCAUCCAGUGCCUCAACAACACCGCCAUACUCGUCACCUACUUCUGCAACGGACAGUAUCUGGAACAUGUCAACAGGUCCCACAGCACUCGCGGCGCGAUAGCGGAGGAGCUGGCGGCGGUGGUGCGCGCGCUGUGGUCCGGGCAGUAUCGGUUCAUUGCCACCAGGGAUCUACGGAACGAGGUGGGCAAGCACCAGCGCGCGUUCCGUGGCUGCGAGCAACAAGACUCGCACGAGUUCCUCACCAUCCUCAUGGACUGGCUCCACCUCGACCUGCAGUUCUCCAUCAACGUGCCGCAGCACAAGGACAACCUGCCCCCCUCCGAGAAGGCGUGGCACGAGUACACCAAGUCGAAGGAGAGCCUGAUCCUCCGACUGUUCUACGGGCAGAUCAAGUCGACGGUCCGCUGCACGGUCUGCGGCAAGCAGAGCGUGACGUACGAGUCCUUCUCCAACCUGUCGCUCGAACUGCCCGCCAACGCCAACCGCUGCUCGCUCAGUGAUUGUCUAAAACUAUACCUCAACGACGAGACGAUACCAGGAUGGAACUGUCCCAACUGUAAAGAGAAGCGAGACGCCCUGAAGAAGCUCGACAUCUCUAGGUUACCGCCAGUACUGGUCAUUCACUUCAAGCGGUUCUACGUGGAUCCUAAAGAAUAUAUGUGUAACGCGUAUCGUAAGAAGCAGACGUACAUAGACUUUCCUUUUGAAGAGUUGGACAUGCGACAGUUCGCGCACUGCACCAGCUCGCACGCCUACAACCUGUACGCCGUGUCCAACCACUACGGCUCCAUGGAGGGCGGCCACUACACCGCCUACUGCAAGAGUAGCGUCUACGGCAAAUGGUACAAGUACGACGACCACGUGGUGACGGAGAUCCCGUCGAGCGAGGUGAAGUCCAGCGCCGCCUACAUCCUGUUCUACAGCACGCGCGCCUCGUGAUCCCAGCCGCGCCACAAGCGCAAGCACCCCGACACCGCGCCCCCCGCGCCCCCGGCCGCGCCCCCCGCGCCCCCGGCCGCGCCCUAGCGCCGCGCUCGUGGCCCGCCGCGUGCCGACAUACUGCGACAGUACAAGGCCGACGUGUUUACUAAAGACAAUGGGACUCUUACAUUACGAUGAUGCAACGAUUCAGUCGGAAUCCACUGCAAGCGGUCCAAACACCUCUCUGCUGAAUCUAUCUCGAUAAAAUUUACAAUUAAGGCGUUUGAUUAGCGCAUAAUUCACUCAAGUAUGGUUGAUAAAGUAAUUUUACAAUACGACUCGUUUACAGUGGAUUCUCGCUUAGUAAUCCUAUAGCAAGUAUUUAUAUAUUUAUUUAAAUAUUUAAUCUACAAUAUACAAUUACAAAUAACCUUAAAAUGUUAGUCGAAGCGGCACCAAUUGUGCGAAUAGGAACUAAAGUAUUUGUAUGUUUGCAGGAUUGGGGCCGUUUAAUAAAUAUGUAUGCAAUAUAUCACAUGGUUUUUAUGAAAAACUACUAAAGAUCUGUUUCAACACCUCCUGGCAAGAUUUGAGUAUCUGUUAGAUAAAAUAACACCAUGUAUAGUCAGUAUGUGCAAUGUGAUUGGUACGGAGGUAGCGAGAUAGUGGACAAGGUAGGUACACGUCACGUAGCGAACUGCGAACCAUGCGUCUAUCUCACUCUUUCACCUACUGAAAUAUAGCUGUGCGAGUGAGAUAGAUGUGAAGUCUGCUACAUAACGUGUAUUUACCUCGAACUAAAGCUUAUAGUUGUAAAAUGAUUGAUGUAUAAACUACGCCUUGUACAAAUAGCUUUCCAUGUUAUGAUGACAUAGAGUUAAUAUUUCAUUAAUUUAUUGUAAUAUUUUUAAUUUCUUUUUUGUUAAUGUUGCAGUUGUAUUUUUUUAAUAUUUUCAACUUUAACUAUGAAGCGACAUAGUUGCUUUAUAGUGUCUUCUUUAUCCUUUCAUCUUUUUAUACAGAAAUGUCAAUAUAACUUGAUCGCUCUGAAGCUUGUCAUGAGACAAGGGUGUGUUUGUAGCUAACUUCAGUCCGGUCAAGAUGUAUUGUCGUGACUGUUCACUUUGCAAUGACUGCAACAUGUAAUGCGGCGCACGUACGUUGUACAGUCACAGGUCGGGCAGGGAGCCACGACUAGUGUAGUAGGCGACUGUACAAGUGGAUACUGACAUUUUAAUGUCGAUCGAGAGUGAAUGAUAUUCGUGAAUGAACACUUAAUGUUU